CGUCUUGUUUGGGAUUACGAGGAAUUUAAGAGAGAUUAGAACCAAGGAUUUCUCCUAACUGAUUUAUGAAACCACUUUUACAGUUAUGUGGAGGAAGUGUUUUGUUAUAUUAGCUCUAGUGGCUUGUUUUGAACUUCAAGUAAUAAAGGGAACAUUCCACAUAAAACCGAAAAGUCAUAAGGCCAAAUGGACAGAUGACAGAGAGUCUAAACAAGUGAAACGGGACACAGUUCCUUCGACAAACGGGUACCCUUCAUAUGGAUCACAGUACACCGCACAGGCUACCACAUCUUAUAACAGUGCAGUGUACAAUACUGGACAGACCAGGUCAGCCAUGCCAUAUCCAGCUUCUUCUCCUUCGCCGGCUCCUGCUACUGCCUCUGCAUCUUCAUCAGCGCCCGCUCCAGCGACAGCAACAGCAGCAGCAGGAGCUUCAGCACAAGGAGCUGUAGCUGCAACAGCCCAAGCAGCAGCACCAGCGCCAGUAGCAGCUCCGGCUGCAGCUGCUCCAGCUCCAGCACCCGCGGCAGCUCCUGCCGCUGCUGCUCCAGCUCCAGCUCCCGCACCAGCUGCUGUAGCUCCAGCUCCUGCCCCAGCUCCUGCUCCGGCUUCCUCUACAACAGCAGAAGCAUCAGCUGGCGCCAGAGCAUCCGUCCCAUACAGUUCAUCAGCGUCCGCAGCUUACCAACCUUCAUCUCAAAGCUACAGCUACAACUACAACCCAGCACCAGCUCCCUACUACUCUUCGUACCCAGCCCCAGCAGCUUACGCCUACCCAGCUCCAGCCCCUGCUCGGUCUGCAACUGCUUUGAUCGCUGCUGCAGUGGCUCAGGUGGCCAAGUCUACUUCCACCCAAGGUUCGAACAAGGCCCAAACGAGAAGCGAUUUGGCAGGUGUUUGUCUUGACGAUGAAAGAGCCAACAACUUCUGUCUUAAGGCAAGGAAUCCAUGUUUCUGUGAAGAAAACCACCACUUCAUGUACAACUACUGUAAAGAUUCAUGCAAUUGGUGUGAUUCAUCUGAGAACAUUGGACACAGAUUUUGGAGAAUAGUAAACGAAGCCAAACUGCCAAGAUCUUGGGUAUUAAACAAGGUCCAGUUCUUCGCGGACAAACACGCCAGGAAAUCUUUGGACACACCAGAUCCAAAAAAGGCGUUUGCCAGUUCAAGCUACCUAGGAUAUGAACCCGGCAGUGCUUUCGACAACAGGAGCAGCACUUACUGGCUUCCCAAUGGCUGGUACAGUCGAGGGCCAGGUGAAGAUUUCAUUGGAUAUGAGUUCCCUCAGCCUGUUGCUAUCAAUUCCGUACGCAUUGUACACCAAUCUGGACAAGGGAAUGUCGUGUCCAAGAAAAUGUACGUUGAGGCAGCCGAUGCUUAUGCUGGACCUUAUGUUACCAAAUGGAUCAUCGAGAAUACAAAGAGCAAAAGCUCCAAGAGAUUUAAUAACAAAAUGUGUCCUCUGUUUUGGAGACGAUUCUCAACAGACCAGGGAGUGUACUGUUUCAGGCUGAUGACUGAUUUUAACACAUGGCACGCAGCUAGAGACAAAUGCGCUGAAUAUGGUGCUGACCUUGCCUCCAUCAAGGGUGAGGAGGAAGCUGACUUUGUCAAGAACCAAGUUCAGCUUUGCGGCUUCACCUGGAUCGGUUUGAACGACAUGAAAAACGAGAGCGACUUUAUGUGGAGUGACGGAAGCAACAUGACCUACAAGUCCAUGAGUCCGCAAAUGGAUUACGUCAGGGACGAGCGGGCGGACCAAGAAAUGGAUUGCGUGGCUACCGAUCAGAACGGACAAUGGACAACUUUCCACUGUGAUGAUAAGUUCUACUUCCUCUGCAAAAAGAAGCUAACGGGCGAAGAUGACGAAGAAGACGACGAAGAUGAAGAUGAAGAUGAAGAAGAUGAAGAUACUUUGGGUGCUCAUCAUCACAAGAAGCACCACAAAGCUCAUCUGAAAUAUCGUCAUCACGCCCUGAAGAAGAAUAAGGUGAAGAACCGCAUCACAAAACACAGCAAAAAAGUCACCUUGGCUGAGGAACUGAAGGAAGCAAAAUCAAACAACACCGAGGAUGAACAGGAAGAAGAAACAGCUGACGAGGACGCCAUCCGUGAGGCAGUGAAGGCUCAGAAGAACUCCAAAGAACACUCAGACGAAGAUGAAGACGAUGACGACGAAGAAGACGAAGAUUCUGGCUCUGGUUCUGGCCGAUCUGCCAGCAGUAUCCCAGACAAGCCCAACAAAAGAUCGCCCCAUAAAAAGAUUUGGGAAUUUUAGGGCUCUUUUGAAUUUCACGGAUAUCCGCACAGCGCAGCAAAAAUCGGAGACAGUUGCUGGCGUAGAAUUCUUAAGAAUUUACAAGAUUAUUCACGGAAAUUUAAUUGCGCACAAGUCGUAUUUUCGAGCGUAAUCGUUUUGUUCGAUCAGCUAAAACCGAUGUUCUGUUAUCUGGAAUUAUUUAUUGAUGAAUUGCAUGAGAGGGUAACAGGGUUUUUCGAGGAGGAAACCGGGAAAAGGCAGAGAACAGAAUGUAAAUUAUCAUUCAUCAAAAUCAUUGAUGCGAGGCUGUGGUAAAGGAUCAAUGAUUUUAAUUAAGAGCUGCUUAUGGAAAGCGUCCUAUACUUUCAUCAGGCAAUUUAUCCUCACAAAACCCUCUCUUUAUGCACGUCAUGAUUUAAUUUAACUUGAUUAAUUUUUAGUUCUUUUUUGCAGAAACGUCCUUCUAGCGCAAAAGGAGGAAAAAUACAUUAUCUACGAAUGAAUUAGCCUUCCUUUAAAAAAGGCCACAAAGCCAGAAAAUGCAUGAUUUAAAUCUGAUUUUUCCUUGGUUUGACGCCAAUUUGGAGUAUGUAGUAUUUCGCGUUUAUAAUGAUCACAUUUUCCUGUAAAUGCGGAAAAUUGCAUUUUGUGGCAUCACACGAAGAAGCAUUUAAGUUAGUUGUGCAUUCUUAGGGGAAAUGCCUCUGUGAUUUCAUAUCUAACGCGCGUUCAAUGACUUUUUUGUUUUUCAUUUUCAAAUAGUAACGCUUCCAAAUUCUUGUCGUUCAAAAUCGAGUAUUUUUCAAUUUAGCUUUACUCCUACAGUAGAAUAAGCUUAGAAAAAAAAUUUCAAAUAGAGCGAUUGAUGGUGGCUAAUAUGUUCAGUAUGUUACACCAAGGUUCUUAUAUAUCGACAGAGAAAGCUUACGAAGGUUGGUUGUAAAUUACAGUAAUGGUCUUGAAAAGUUAAUUAAAAGUUUCAUUACAAAAUAUA